GUCAACCCUAAAACACAAAUCAUCGUUUGUUUAAAACACUAUCCACAACACCCUAAUUGAAGAAUUGCGUUUCGUCAAAGCUGCGGUCUUGAGGCAAACUGAUUACUUGGAGCAAAAGAUCUAUUCCUUCUCUGAAAUCAUAAAUUACUCCCAACCCUUUUUUCUUCUCAUCAUGGCAACUAGGCUGCAAUUUGAGAACUCAUGUGAAGUUGGGGUGUUUUCCAAGCUGACGAAUGCAUACUGUCUGGUUGCCAUCGGAGGUUCUGAAAAUUUCUACAGUUUGUUUGAGGGUGAGUUAGUGGAUGUUAUUCCGGUGGUUAAAACCUCCAUUGGUGGGACUAGGAUAAUUGGACGACUUUGUGCCGGAAACAAAAAUGGGCUUCUUGUGCCUCACACAACUACCGACCAAGAACUUCAACACUUAAGGAACAGUCUGCCAGAUCAAGUUGUUGUUCAGCGCAUUGAAGAGAGACUAUCUGCUCUUGGGAACUGCAUUGCAUGCAAUGACCAUGUUGCUCUUACGCACACUGAUCUGGACAGGGAAACUGAGGAAAUGAUUGCAGAUGUUCUUGGGGUUGAAGUUUUUAGGCAGACAAUAGCUGGUAAUAUUCUGGUGGGCAGCUACUGUGCAUUCUCUAAUAGAGGUGGCUUGGUCCAUCCUCAUACCUCCAUUGAAGACUUGGAUGAGCUUUCAACCCUCCUCCAGGUUCCUUUGGUGGCAGGAACUGUGAACCGUGGUAGUGAAGUGAUAGCUGCUGGCUUGAUAGUCAACGAUUGGACUGCAUUCUGUGGAUCAGACACUACAGCAACAGAACUGUCUGUUAUUGAGUCUGUCUUCAAGUUGAGGGAAGCCCAACCAAGUGCCAUCGUUGAUGAGAUGAGGAAAUCUCUGAUCGACAGUUAUGUGUAAGUGUAAUUGACUUGGGCAUUAGUUCCAUGUUGCAAUGACACCAGCCUUUUGUUUUUCUGGAGUUGAGUGCUUAUUUCUGCUCAUGUCUACCCUUGACCAUAAAAUUAUGUGUCCUAUUAAAUCAGCAUUUAUAUGUUCUAAUUAUAAGUUGUACGAUUUGGUGGUAUAGCUCAUGUUAUCGAUUAAUUGACAUGCGAAAUGAUUGCUGAAAGUUCAUAUGCC